CACUUUCCAUUCAUAAUAUCGGUUGGGGGCAACUUUUUUUUCCCUUUUGAUAUAAACCAUAAAUUCGCUUUUCAAGUCGGUUUGCCCUGUUUGUAUAAUUUGUAGAUUGUAAAAAAACGAGUGUAGUGUGGUAAAGAGAAAAAAACACACACACACGCCAAUAAUAUCUCGAUUUUGGCCUACAAAACGCGUGACCACGGUCAAAAUUUUCUCGUUUGGAUUCAGAUAGUGGUUCGUUUUUGUUUGGGUUUCUUAAUUCAAGACUUUAGUUUGAACAGUGUUCAAAAAAUAAAAAAAUAAAUCCCAUAAAACACAAGUGAGCGAUAAUCGAGAUUAGUGGGCGAUUUCUAUGUGAAUGUUAUCAAACUGAGAUUUUCCAUUAUAUUAUUUCGAAAAGCUCAAGUGCACAUCUUGUAAUUUUCGAGAAAUUCGGAUUAAGGCAUAAGUUACCUGUGAAAAAAACUUGAAUAAAAAUGCGGCGAAGAGCACGGCGUGGGCGUAUGUUCAUCUUAGGACUUCUAUUUAUCAUGUAUAGUGCCAUAAAUGUUUACUCAUCUAGUGACACUGGCAGCGGCUCAUCAAACUCACCACGACCGGACAUCGAACAAAAUGAUCCAUCAUCUACCUUGCUGCCGAAAUCAACAAUCGAUGAUGUGACCGCAUUUGGAUCCACGGAAUCAACACAAUCUACAACGGGCAGACCAACCACAACAUCGACACAAACUCCAAAUGGUCGUCCAACAUUACGACCAAAACGAUGGAAUUGCACACCACCGGCGAUUGAACAAUUUCCACCACCGCUAUUACCAUCAUGGUUUCGUGAAAAGGGCGGCCUAAUUAUACACGUUCUGAUCGCUAUCUUUACAUUCUUGGGAUUAGCUAUCGUUUGUGACGAUUACUUUGUAUCGAGUUUGGAUCGAAUUUGUGAGGAAUUACGGUUAUCGCCUGACGUUGCCGGUGCGACGUUUAUGGCCGCGGGUAGUUCGGCACCUGAACUUGGAACGGUUAUCAUUGGCGUUUUUUUUGCAAAGGAUGAUAUUGGUGUGAGCGGUGUUAUCGGUUCGGCCGUAUUUAAUAUUAUGUUUGUCAUAUCAGUAUGCGCUUUAUUUUCGGGAACCGUAUGCCAUUUGAAUUGGUGGCCAUUGGUCAGAGAUUGCUUCUUCUAUUCGCUUUCAAUAAUCGUUAUGCUCAUCAUCAUGUUAAACGAUUAUAUAUCAUGGUACGAGGCUUUAAUCAUGAUACUUUUCUAUGUGCUCUACUGUGUGGCAUUGCAUUUUAAUAGUGCAUUAGAACGAUGGGCAUAUUCACUGAAAUUGCCAAUUAAAUUGCCAACGAAAGAGGAACAAUCAGCUUUAGUAACAUUUAAAAAUGUAUCCGAUCAAAAUUAUUCGGUUGAAGCAGCGAAUGGAAGUCCUGAACAACAAGCAACGAGCCCUGAUCAACAGCCACAGCAGCAACCGCAACAACAACAGCAACAAAAUUAUCAAGGCUACGGAACAGAUUGGGAUCCAAAUGCAGCCUGGGAUGAUGGCCAAGGAAAUGCACCGUCACAAACUUCGAAUCUGGCACAAAAUGCCGGUGGCUACGGUGUAACAGAUUCAUGGAAUCCUGAUGCAUCUUGGGGUCAAGGCCAACAAAAUUAUGCAUACACUGCCGCUACGGGUGAUCAAACUGAUCAAAUGAAUUCAACAAAUGGUGAAGCCGAUGCAACAGCAUCCACACAAAAUACACCACAAAAUAAAGUCGGUGCGCUACCAGCUCCUGAAUUUUAUAAAUCAAAAGACCCAAAAGCAUCACAAAUGUUAGUCGAUCCAUUGAUUCGGCCCACCGAAGGUGGAGCCAUCGCACUUAUCACAUGGCGCGUAUGCUAUCCAAUUCAUUAUUUAUGCCAGAAAACUGUUCCCGAUUGCCGAACCGAAAAAUAUCGCAACUGGUAUGGAUUCACCUUUAUCAUAUCAAUGCUAUGGAUUUCAUUCUACUCAUAUCUUAUGGUUUGGAUGAUCACCAUAAUCGGCACAACUCUUGGAAUUCCUGACACAGUGAUGGGUCUUACUUUCGUAGCGGCAGGUGUAUCGAUUCCAGAUGCAUUAAGUUCUAUGGCUGUUAUCAAAGAAGGAUAUGGUGAUAUGGCUGUUUCGAAUGCUGUUGGUUCAAAUGUAUUUGACAUUCUGAUCUGUCUUGGAUUACCAUGGCUUAUACAAACAACGAUAAUUGAUGCUGGCGGUCAUGUGAAUGUCAUUUCAAAAGGUUUAACAUAUUCGACAUUAUCGUUAUUGUCGACAGUGGUGUUUCUGCUCUUGUCAGUGCAUUUGAAUGGAUGGAAGCUUGACAGACGUCUUGGUGCCAUUUUAAUGGUAUGGUACUUUUUAUUCAUUGCACUAGCAUCGAUGUAUGAGCUCAAUGUUUUCGGCAAUUUCAAUCCGCCACAAUGCCCAAGUGAUUAUUAAGAUCGUAGCCAGUUUGUUGCUGCCAAUAUAUAACCAGCGCAAAGCAGUUUUAAUAUUAUUAUUCCUUUUUGUGCGUGUGUGUGUGUUUUUGGUUAUACCGUAUCAAAAGCAGCAGAAAUGUAUCAAUACCAUUGAACAUCAUUGUUAUUCGCUGCGAACAGUACUUAUAAAUAUACAAUAUUUUCUUCACAUCGACACACACACACAUUAUAAAUGCUACAUUACAAAAACGAUAAAAAAAGAAAUGAUGGAGAUCAUACUGGAAAGCAGUUUAAAGGUCAUGAAGAUCACAAUCGGUUUGAUAUUGAAUGGUUUAUCAAAAGAGCAAAAGUGAAGAUAUAUUCUGAAACCUGAUAAAUAUUUGUAUAUAAGAUAUGCAAAGACAAUUAAUAUGAAGUUCAAUUAUUUAAAACUAUAUCGAAAGACAGACAAAGAGUAAGUGAGAGGAGAAAGAUAGAAGAAAAACAACAACAAUUCUAUUGAAAAUAUAUAUUGAAGUGGGUUACAAUGCAAGUAACGAAUCAUAAUAUUAUAUGAAGUGUUAACGUAUAUAUUUUUCGAUAAAGUUCUGACCAAACUGAUAUAUUCGAAUUAUAAAUUGAGAGCAAACGAAGAAGAAAAAGAAAAUUGUAAAGAAACCAAAGAAAAAACACAGCGAAUACAAACACAUAGACACCAUAUAAAUCAUAAAAUAAAUUAAAAGAUAGCAAACGACUUGAAAACAUAAUUAUUCAAAAAAAAAACUUUUAUGCGGAAUCCAGUUGUCCUUUCGAUAUAGAAAAACAAGUAAAUACCUGUAAAUAUCCUCAGUACUUGCUAGAAUCGCAAAAAAAAGAAUAUUAUUCUAUGCAUGCUUCCACGCGUGUUCAACAGAAACACAUACACAUUUUAAAAUAAAACCAAUGCCACAAUCAAUACUGUACAAUUGCUCUUGGUCUUCUUUCAAUAUUGCAAAACUAUAUAUAUAUAUAUAUUAUAUAUUUAUUCUGAUGAAAUUAUCAUAAAUAUCAUUUAAUUAUAAAUAUUAAACAAACAAAGAAUCUAUACAACUAUAUUUAAUGAAGAUAGAAAUGAGAUAUAAAUGAGUAAAGAAGAAAUGACAUUUUAAAAACCAUUUAUUCUAUGUAACUUGACAUAUUCUUUGAUUGUGAUAUGUGUUAACGUUUUGAAGACAAUAUCAAGUCACAAUUUUGUUGUCACAGUGUGAAUCCUUUACCGUUGAAAUCAUUGGCCAUAUACGUUUUCAGUUUUUGAGUAUUCAAAUUCUCUGAGAUCAAAAAUGAUUCCUUUCUUCUUCAACGCAAAUUAAAUUCAACAACAAAAAAAAAAA